UGUGGCCUCUUAAUAUUAUUUUAGCUAAAAUUCAAUUUUUCUGCAGGGCUCGAUAUUUUAUUCCUGCAGAACAGCCGAAGGGGGCGCGGAUUUUGAACUCAGCUAGGGUUUGCUCCGAUGAGAUCUGACCUAUUGAGGUCGUGAGUUGAGAGGUUUGCUAGAGAGAUUCAGAUAUAUGGUAACUGGCAGUUUGUUAAGUGGGAGCUUGGAGGAUUGCUGAGUGAUCAGUUCCUUGGGCGUACAAAAAAAAAUGGAGAGCGGAACAGAUGAAAAUAUAAUGCUAGAUUAUGCAAUUUUCCAUACAUCACCUGCCAGUAGCAGUUACGAAGCACUUGCUUGUAUCAAUGGCAAAAUGGAGAAGGUUGCUACUGGUCCUUUGGAUCAGCUGGGAUUGCAUUUGUCAGAAGCAAAAAGAUGCCAGACCAAUCAAUCAGUUACCAGCUUCAAAUUGCAAUUGGUCGAAAGCCAGAAGGGUUUCUCAUGGUUCACCAAAGUCACUUUAGCUAGAUUCUUGCAUAUUGUCAACACACCUGAUGCAUUAAAAGCUGCCAGUGCAAUUGAGGAUGAGAUAUCUCAGUUGGAGGAAACUAAGAAGUUUCACAUCUCUCUAUACACUAAGGAUCAUGAUCGAUCUGCAGAUGGGACGACAGGUAGAUUUAUUUUGGAACAUUUGAUUGUUGGACGUGAUAAUAGCUGCUUGAAGGAGGCUGGUCGAAAUCAGAAAGUAAAAGUCGAGACAGCAUCAUCAGAUGCUACAAAGAAUGAACUGUUGAGAGCACUGGAUUUAAGACUAACAGUAUUAGAAGAAGAACUGUCUUCCUCAUUUAACCGAGCUGCAGGUGCCACUUGCUACAGGCAGCAAAUUUAUGAUAUAUCAGCCUUUACUGAGCAUUUUGGAGCAAUAGAUUUAAGGAAUUUCUUGCUGAAGCUUUUAGCACGGCUACCGCCUGAUCCCUCGGUUGUACAGCCCGUAUCCCCACAGGAUAUAAGAAAUAAUAGUGGUAACUCAACACAAGAUGUCUCACUCCAAGCUCGAGAAACUGUAGCAGAACUUGUGAAAAAUGUUGUUUCUCCGGCAAAAGUUGCACAAGCUGAGCGCCAGAGCUCAUCAGGAAGUGAGGACUCAUCUGAUUCGAGUGGUGAAGAUCAGUCACGCAAUGAGAGAAGCAGGUCAAUUGUGCGAUCUGCAACUCCUAGAAGAUAUGCUUCUCCAAUGCGACGCGUUCAAAUAGGGAGAUCUGGAUCUCGAAGGUCUGCCUCGAUUGCCAUUAAGAGCCUUAUUCCAGCCAGGGAAAGAACUACAUCCAUCAGGGAUAACAGUGAAAGUAACAGUGAAGAUGAAGAGCUUGGUCAGCCAGCAAAGAGACCUGAGAAUCCUGUGAGAAGGAUGAGUGUUCAAGAUGCUAUUAGUCUCUUUGAAAGCAAACAAAAAGAUCAAUUAGAUAUCCAGCAAAGGAGAGCUUCAGGGCAAGUCUCAGCUAGUAUCACUGCUAAGUCUGUCUUGAGAAGAUGGAGUUCAGGCAUGAGUGAAUCUGUUGCUCAUAAUUCACAUUCAGUUGACUCUAAUGCUGCUCCUCAGGAAACAAGAGAAGAGAAUAAAACAGAAGUGGAUAACGCUAUCGAGUCUACAAAUACAGAGGAAAGCCCUCAGGUCGCUCAGUCUUCCGAAGUGGAUAACACUAUGUUGUCUCCAGUGGAAAGUCCUGCCGAACCUGUUAUACUCAGGGUCGAGGAAGUGAAUGACCGAGCAGCAACUUCUGCUGAAUGGAGUCGACAGAAGGAAGCAGAACUGAACCAAAUGUUGAUGAAGAUGAUGCAGAGUAAGCCUGGAAAAUAUAGAGGAAGUAAUGGCAUUAAUAGCGUACAAAAGGACAUGCCCAGUGAGCAAAAGGGGGGUUUCUACAGUCAGUAUAGGGAGAAAAGGGAUGAGAAGCUUCGGGUUGAGCGAGGUGGAAAGAAGGCAGCGAAGGACACACAUCUUAAAGGGACGAAAGACAAUCUGGAGCAUAGCAAAGCAGCAGUGUCCUCAAAAUCGGCAACUGCUAUUGGAAAACGAGAUUCACCUAAUAAUUCUCAAAGACCCCGGAGAAAUUCAUCUCCUCCAGUAUUGCCAAAGAAGGAAGUUCCAAAGCAAGCUAGUACAAAGAAGGCUUCACCAAGAACACCCCUACCUGCUACACGGAGCUCAUGGUCAGCAGGAUCAUUGCCCAGGACAAGUGGAAUACCAUCACCUAGAACUCCGGGGACCGUUUCAACAACUAGCACAACUAAUCACCGAAAGCCCCUGUCAACACCUUCAGCAACUCAACCAAGCCCUAGGACCGAAAGGCUUCAGCAGACCAAAGUCAAGAAGGGGACUCCACCUGAUGUCAAGCCAAGCUCAAAGGGUCAAGAAGAAAAGAAGCAGAGGUCAGUGACUAAGAGCACCAAAAGUGUGAAGGCCAAAGUCCCAGCAACACCUGGAGAUGAUUUAUCAGUUAAACCUAGCUUCUAUAACAAGGGCACAAAGAAGAGCAGUGUUGUUCCGUUAGAGUCAAAACCCUUCCUCAAGAAAGGUACUGGGACUGGUCCCAGGGGUAGCUCCAUGACAGCAAAACCUAAGGCUUCUCAGCAUGAUGAUUUUUUAACAAACAGUGAAAACCUUAUCCAAACUGAGGAAAGCGAGUCCAGUGCUAUAACAACUGAGCCAACUCCCAAGUUACUAGAGGUUGAUGUUGUUCAGGCCGAAACUGGCAAUGCAAAUAUUGAAAUUUCACUGGAUAAUGAUCUUAAUUGUAAUCAGAUGGGCAAUCGAGGUAAGGGUAUAGAUGAACUGGAAAGUGGCUUCAAAGACGCGGUUGAACUUCCUGUUCCGGAGAUUCAAGUAGAAACCGUUGAUAUCUCAUCAGCUGCAUGGGUGGAAGAGGAUCAUGAGCAAAUUUCUGCUUCAUGUGAAUAUGUUCUGCCUGAGAAUUCAAUCUCUCCUGAACUUGCAUCAGCAGCUGCACUAUCGAGCCCAAAGGUUCGGCAUUCACUAUCACAAAUGAUGCAGGCAGACAACAAUGAACCAGAUAUCAUCGAGUGGGGAAAUGCUGAGAACCCUCCUGCUUUGGUUUAUCAAAAAGAUGCCCCUAAGGGGUUCAAAAGGCUCUUGAAGUUUGCUCGAAAAAGCAAGGGAGAGGCUAAUGUGACUGGUUGGGCUAGCCCAUCAGUAUUCUCUGAAGGAGAGGAUGAUGCAGAAGAGUCCAAAGCUGCAAGUAAGAGGAGCUCAGAUGUGACAUUGAGAAAAGCUGCCCUUCAGGCCAAGGGCUAUGAGCCACCUAAAUCCAUGUUCAGCGGAAGCGUGGAUGGUGCAAAUUCUAGCAAUAGGUCCAUGGACUUCCAGGGGAUGAGUGAACUUGUUCCAGGUCAAUCAAAUGGGCGUACUGCUACAAUUUUGGACAGAUUGCGAGAAGGGCAGAAUUCAGGAUCAACUGCUUCAACCAAAGCGACACGGUCAUUCUUCUCUCUCUCAACAUUUAGGAGCAGCAAAUCGAGCGAGACAAAGCUUCGAUAGCAUGCAAUACAACUCCAAAUCAUGGUGCAAAUUGGUGAACAAUCACUGGCAGAAUGUACUGUGAGAAAUUAGCUCCUCUUUUGCUUCCUUCUUCUGGAUUGCAUUUGCGACCUGUGUUUUCUUGUUUUCUCAGUAAUUUUCUAUACAUGUAAUAUUAUGAGAGGCAUCGGUGUUACCUUGAGAAUGUUGAUUUUGUUACUACUGAGGGGUUGAGAAAAGAGGGCUUUGUGCUUAGUGUAAUUAUUAUCUGCUGUAGUUGAGUUGGCGCUUGUUAUGGUUUUUUUUUCUGUUUUUUUCCUUUUUUUUUUCCGGUUGUAAUAGCUGAUUGUUUGUGGUGUUAACAAAACCUAAUCAAAUUUAAUUUUCAUUAGAAAA